AUGUCUUCGGACUCAGAGAUCCCAGAGACACGUGUUCUCGCUAUUGCGAGCCAUGUCGUAUACGGAUAUGUCGGGAACACCAUGGCCUCGUUCGUGCUGCAGUCGCUGGGCUGCGAGGUGUCAGCUAUCAACACCGUCCAUUACAGCAAUCACACGGCCUACAAGCAGGUCAAGGGCAGAAAGACGACCGCGGAAGAGAUAUCGGAACUCUACGAAGGCCUUAAGCAGUCCAAUCUCACCGACUUUGACGUGCUCCUAACUGGCUACACACCGAGUGCAGAGGCGGUAGAAGCUGUUGGCAGAAUAGGGAGGGACCUAAAAUUCCACGCCACAACCAAGCCUGGUUCAUUCUUCUGGGUCCUUGACCCAGUAAUGGGCGAUGAAGGCCGUCUCUACAUCCCCGAAGAAGAAGUCUCCAUCUACAAAACCCACCUCCGCAACGCCGACCUGAUCCUCCCCAAUCAAUUCGAGGCCGAGCUCCUCUCCGACACCAAGAUCCGCGACCUCGACACCCUCGCUGAAGCUAUCCAGAUCCUGCACCGCACUCAUCAGAUCCCGCACAUCAUCAUCACAUCGCUCCGAUUCACCGAGUCCGGCACUACAGUCCCGUAUUCCGCUGACUAUGAUUCUGGCACCCUUACUAUCGUCGGCAGCACCGCGCGCGCAGACCAUACGCCUCGGCUCUUCCGCAUCGAUAUACCCGCUUUUCCUGUCUUCUUCUCUGGCACCGGCGACAUGUUCGCUGCGCUUACCGUGGCGCGACUACGUGAAGCGGUGUUCGAAGCGGGGAUAAACAAAGCACAGCGAUGGGUCAGUCCAGACGACGUGCCCUCAACAGAGCUACCGCUGGCCAAGGCGGCAGAGAAGGUGCUAGCAAGCAUGCAGGCCGUCUUGCGAAAAACCUAUGCCGCCUGGGACGCGGAGCGGAAGCUGCUUGAUGAGGAGAUGAGCGAUGUGCGGGCGGGGCAGCAUAGCGGUAAAGAAGGCAUGAGUCAAGAGAAGAUGAGACGACAUCUGCGGCUCACGAAAGCGGCGGAGGUAAAGCUGGUGAGGAACGUGGAUGAUCUGAGACAUCCGCCUGAUCUGGAGAAGUACAAGGCGCAGGAGGUGAGUGUGCACGUUGGUCAGAGCGUGGGACAGCCGCAGCCGGAUGAGCUGGGGAUCACGAAUCUGGGGGGUGAGGGGUCGGAGAGUGCGAUCCAUAUCGACAACACCAAUCAAAGGAAUUGA